AUGGAACUAACGUAUAAUCCAUCAUCUUUGUUCAUUACAGAAAACGAAUGCCCUGAGCUGGAUUCCCCUCCAAAUGGCUACAAGACGGGUGAAAAUGGCUAUGGUGAUACCGUCAUCUUCUACUGCAACAGCGGCUUUCAGAUGGCAGGUCCCGUACCUGUGAUUACACGUACCUGUCAGGCCGACAAGACUUGGUCCGGUCUACAGCCAAGCUGCACGAGACAACAGUGUCCGGCCUUGUUACCGCCGGCAAACGGAAAUGUGACAGGCAAGAACUUCUAUGGCGACGUGGUCUCCUUCACAUGCCACCCUGGCUACGAGUUGAGCGGCAGCGAUACAAGAACCUGUCAAGCCAAUCAGCAAUGGGAUGGGACACAACCGACCUGUGACAGGGUGCAGUGCCCUCCGCUGACUCCCAUAUCCGACGGUCAGAUGAGCGGAAACAACUUCUUCGGCGACCGGACAACCUUCGUCUGCAACACUGGGUACGAGCUGAGCGGCAGUACCACCCGCUCCUGCCAGGCGGACAGGACCUGGUCCGGAGCACAGACAUCGUGUAACAGGAAACAGUGCCCAAGUCUGUCCGCUCCGCUCAACGGCAACGCCACUGGCGGGACGUACUUUGGUGACACAGCUCACUACACAUGCGCAGAAGGGUACGAGCUGACGGGGAGUGCGGAGAGAACGUGUCAGGCCAGUCAGCAGUGGAGCGGCAGGGAGCCUGCGUGUCAGAAAAUACAAUGUCCAAUGUUGGAUGCUCCCCCGAACGGCGGUAUCAACGGCACCAACUAUUAUGAGGACACCGUGGUGUUUGAAUGUAACGUCGGUUACGAGCUGGUCGGGAGUCAGCAGCGAACCUGUGAGAGCAGCCAGCAGUGGACCGAAGCACAGCCGUACUGUGAGAAGAAAAGCUGCCCGCAGCUGACCGUCCCCGCACAUGGAGCAGCCAACGGCGGGAUAUAUUACAGCGACACGGCCUCGUUCUCGUGCGACCCUGGGUACGAGUUGGUGGGAAGUUCGGUGCGCACGUGUCAGGCGGACGGACAGUGGAGCGGCGUACAGCCAACAUGUAACAUAAAGGAGUGUGUGCCCCUCACGGCCCCUGCAAACGGCUCUGUCAGUGGAGGACACGUUUUUGGUGACCAGGUGACCUUCUUCUGUGACCUUGGAUUUGACCUUAUGGGAGUACCUAUCAUGACUUGUGACGACAGCCAACAAUGGAGUGGAGAACAACCAAGCUGCAAUAAGAAGCAGUGCAGCCGCCUCACACCUCCUGCCCAUGGUGCUCUCACCGGGGGCUUCUCGUUUGGAGAGGUUGUGACGAUCACAUGUGACCCUGGGUACGAGCUCAUUGGAAGUGGUACCAGGAACUGUGAAGCAAACGGCCAAUGGACCGGUUCUCCGUCCCAAUGUCAGAAGAAAUGCUGCAGCCGCCCUGCCAUUCCAAACGGUGAUUAUAGGGGGACCCACUGCUUCAAUGACACGGUGACCUUCAGCUGUGACCUUGGACAUGUGCUGGUGGGAGCCGCUAGCCUGACCUGUACUGAGACUGCGCAGUGGAGCAACCAGUUACCCAGCUGCCAGAGGAAGUGCUGUCCCAGCUUUACCACAGUACCUGACGGGUCUUUCAGUCUCCGCCCGGACAACUGUUACGGCAGCAUCGCUGACUUCAGCUGUAACCAUGGCUACGACCUUAUUGGAAACCAGUACGUCAUCUGUGAUGAGAGUGGCACGUGGGAUGGCGAGAUGCCUACUUGUCAGGAAACAUGCUGCGGCGACCCCGGGGCCAUAAGGAACGGCAUGAGUAACUCUACAGGACUGUGUUUCGGUGACGUGGCUACCUUCACGUGUGAAGCCGGCUUCCUUCUGAGGGGCAACGCCACACUGGUGUGCGACGCAAACGGGUCAUGGGGACCGACACCAUUCUGUGAACCACACAGCUUGUGUGAAAGAUCGAAACUAGUCAUCCCGUCAGCUGGGUCGAAGAUCUGCUUCGAGAGCCCCCAGGGUACCACACCUGUGGAGUACUGCCAGAUGCACUGCAAUGCACCAAAGGUGUACAACAGGAAUGAAGACAUGUACGAGUGCAGUGUGGAGACGUCGUGGCUGUGGAAGAUCAGAAUCUACCUCCCCGCCGGACAGCAGCUGCUCACAUAUGUAGACGUGGGAGAAUGUUCAGCUCCCUCCAACCCUUUCGCUGCUGUCACCGUGGGAGGACUGGUCAUCAACGCCAAUGCACCUUUGGACAUGGCGGAUAUCGAGGCUGAGAUGAGAGGGAUCCUUCAGUCGUUAGGACUGUGCAACGAUCCCUGUCAGGUUAGACACCAAGCGUUGAUUUGUCUCUAA